AUGGGUGACAAUUUAGAAAGGUUAUUUUCAAAAAAAGAAAAAUGUUUUAAGGAAAUAAUUGAAUCAAAUUGUAUUUUUAUCAAGGAGUUAAAUCAGUGGGUUGGCACUAACUAUAUAACAAAAUUAAAAAUAAAAAAAGACACUCUAAAAAUAACUCCAAAAUUAUUAAUAAAUAGAACUCGUUCAAGGGCGAGUAGAUGUAGAGUAUGUGGAUUAAUAAUUGAAAAGAACAGUUUAAGAAUAGGAUACCCAACAAAAGAUCCAAGAGGAAAUUUUGGAUAUAUAAGUUGUUGGGUUCAUCUAAGUUGUAGUAAAAAAAUUUUGUAUAUUAUUUUAUAUAAUGAAGAAAAUGGUAAAUUUUUACAAGCAUAUUUAAAUAGUACAGGAAAAGAUUCCACCGAAAAUAAUUAUAAUAAAUAUGAGUUAUAUAUAUAUAAUAAUUUAAAAUGGGAAAUUUUUUUCGGUGGAUUUGAAGAAUUAAACGAUGAAGAAGUCCAAAUGUUAAAAGAUACUGCUAGACCAUAUGAAUUAAAAAAUGUUAAUGUAAAAAAUAGCAUUGAAGCUUUAAUAAAUGAAGAAAAGGAAUAUUUAGAUUCAAAUAAUUAUAUGAAACUAGAAAACAGAAUUAUUGAAAACAAACUAAAAAUUCCUAAAGAAUUAAAAUUUAAUUUACUGGAAUAUCAAAAAGAAGGUAUUUCAUGGAUGAUACAUCAAGAAAAUUCAAACAUUAGAGGAGGAAUACUUGCUGAUGAAAUGGGUAUGGGGAAAACAAUACAAGCAAUCACUUUAAUUUUAUGUCAGAAAAUAAAUAAAUUGGAAAAUGGAGAAAAUAUAACAAAAGAAAGUAACAUAAUAGAGAUAGAUGAUGAAUCAGAAAAAGAAUUGAAAUUGAAAAAAGAAGAAAAUGAUGUAAUAAAAAUAGAAAAUAUAAAAAAGGAUAAAAUUAAAGUAGAAAAAGAAAUAGAAAAUAAUGUAAUAAAAAUAGGUAAUGAAAUGAAAAUGAAAUAUGAAUUAAAAAAUGAUGUAGAAAGUAAUCCUGCAGUUAAAAUAAAAAAUAAAAAUGAAACUAAGAAUAUAUUACAAGGAAAUACUUUAAUAAUAGCACCUAUUGCAGCUGUAAUGCAAUGGAAGUCAGAGAUUGAAAAAUUUAUUGAAGGAAAUAUUUUAAAAGUUUAUGUAUAUCAUGGGAGCUCUAAAAAAGUAACUUUUGAUGAAUUGUUAAAAUACGAUAUUGUCAUUACUUCUUAUGCAAUGGUAGAAGUACACUUUAGGAAAAUUAUUAAUAAAUAUAAAAUAUCAUGUGAAUAUUGUGGAAGAUUAUUUUUACCAAGAACCUUAAUUUUGCAUAAGAAGUACUUUUGUGGACCAGGGGCAGUGAGAACUGAAAAAUUAAAAAAAAGAAGAAAAAAAAAUAAAGAUACUGCACUUGUUGCUAUGAAAAAAUUUGAUGAUACAUUUGUUCCUACCCCUAGAAAUGUACUUUUGGAAAUUAUGAAAGAAUCUAAAGAUUCAAAUAUUAAUAAUGAAAUCAAUAAUAUGAAAAAUAUGAAAAAAUUAAAAAAAAAUGAUUCACUAAAUAAAAUGCACACAAUAGAAGAAAAUGAAGUUAUUGUAUUAAGUUCAGAAAGUUAUAAAAGUGAAUGCUCAUCAUCAAAUAAUUCUUUUUAUUCUCCUUUAUCUAGAAAGACAUCUAGUAGAAUAAUCGAUUUAUGUAAUUUAGGUUUUGACAAAGAAGUAAUUGAUAAAAACAUAGAAAAUAUGUAUAAAAAUAAAGAAAAAAAAAAAAAAAAAGUAAAAUGGAAUAUAGUUAUAAAAAGCAUAUUAGAAAAUGAUUCAUAUAAUUUAGAUAUAAACGAAAAAUGUAAGAACAUUUUAAUGCAAAUAUAUUUAAGUGAUAACACAAUAGAAAACAGUGAUCUUAAAAAAUUAAAUAUGGGUGAACUUAAGGUUCUUUUAAUAACCAUGGGGAAACAUGUUUUUGGUACAAAAUUAGAACUAAUAAAUAGAAUAUUAGUUUCAGCUAAAUAUAUAAGACAGGAAUUGAAUCAAUUGCAAAAUGAAGAAAAUGAAAAAACGAAAAAGGUCGUAGGAACUAAUAAAGAAAGUGAAGAGUAUCAUCACAUAAACAAAAAGGAAUUAGAGAAAAGUAUAAGUGUUACUAUAAGUGAAGAUUUAAAAUACGAAAAUGAAGAAGAAAAUUACACCAACGAUCCAAUUAAAAAAAAAACCAAUAAAAAUAAAAAGAGUUAUGGAAAAAGUAAAACAUUAGAUUCUACAUAUUCACUACAAAAUAACAAAAUAUCAAAAGAAAAAGUAAAAAAGAGAAAUUCAUCUAACUCAAGAAGGAAGCUAAAAAAGAAAAGAAAAAAAAAAAAUAGUAAUGAUGAUAGUGAUGAAUCAUUUAGGAUAGAAUAUUUAAAAAGUGGAAAGUAUGAAAAAAGCUUUAGUGAUAGUUCCGAUAUUAAAGAAAAAAAUAAUAGCACUAGUGACUCUUUUGAUUCCUAUGAUUCUAUUAUUGUUAAAAAAUCAAAAUUAAAAAAGGCUAAAUUGAAGAGUGAUCAAACUGUUUUUUUUGAUGAAAGUGCAUUGCAUCAAAUACAAUGGACAAGAAUAAUAUUAGAUGAAGCUCAUAGGAUAAAAAACAGAACUACAUCAACAACACAAUCAAUUUUAAAUUUAAAUUGUUCUGGAUAUAGAUGGUGCUUAACAGGAACUCCUUUACAAAAUAGAAUUGGAGAAUUAUAUAGUUUAAUAAGGUUCCUAGAAUUUUACCCAUAUGCUUAUUAUUUUUGUUCAAAAAAAGAUUGCAAAUGUUUACUCUUAAAUUAUGAAAUGAAAGAUAACAAAUACUGCUAUAUUUGCAAGCAUUCUAGAAUAAAUCAUUUUAACUAUUUUAAUAAAAGAAUUUUAAAGCCAAUACAAUCAUUUGGAUAUAAUGGGGAAGGUGUUACGAGCAUGUUUUAUUUAAAAAGUGAAGUUCUAGAUAAAAUAUUACUAAGGAGAACUAAAAAGGAAAGAAAAAAUGACAUAAAAUUAGAACCAUUAAUAAUUACUAUAAGGAAGGAUAAAUUGUCAAAUGAAGAAAAGGAUUUUUAUGAAUCUUUAUAUAAACAAACUUCUACGCAAUUUGACAAGUAUGUUAAGUCAAAUACUGUUUUGCAUAAUUAUGCUCAUAUUUUUGAUCUAUUAAGUAGAUUAAGACAAGCUGCUGAUCAUCCAUAUUUAAUUCUUUUUGGAAACUCUUUUUUAAGUGAUCCAUCAGGAAAAUUUAUAAAAAAAAAUUCUGAAAUUAUUCCAGCUAUAUCAAAUGAUUAUGUAUGUGGAAUAUGCCUAGAAAAUGUACCAAAAAAAAAUAAUAUUAAUACAAAAUGUAAUCAUAAUUUUCAUAAGACAUGUUUAAAGCAAUAUAUAGAGAGUUUUGAAAUAGAAAAUUAUUCAAAUAGCGACUUAAAUAGUACCAAAGAUUCAAAUUUUGUCAAAUCAAAAACAUCUGAAUGUGUAAGUACUACUACAAAUACAAUUUGUAAUAGAGAUGUUAUAUAUAAUAAUGAAACGGAAAAAUUAAAUAAAAAAUCAAAAUCCAUUUCUGUUGUAAAAUUUAAGGAUAAAGAUAAAUCAGAAUUUGUUAGUUUGUUAAAUAAUAAAGAAAAUUCAAAAGAUUAUCCUUUGGGUUGCCCAGUUUGUUAUAUUCCUUUAACUGUUGAUUUUAAUCUUUUUCAAGAGUCAGAAGAUCAUGAUGAAGAAGAAAUCAUCGUGUGUAAAGAAGAAACUACAUAUAUUAAUAAGAGUUUUAUAAAUAGAAUUAACACUCAAGAAUUUCAAACAAGUACUAAAAUUGAAGCCAUAUUUGAAGAAGUUGAUAAAGUCAUUAAAAAUACUGAUGAUAAAUGUUUAAUAUUUUCUCAGUUCUGCUCUAUGUUAGAUUUAAUUGAAUAUCAUUUAAAAAAGCACAAUAUUAUAUGUUCAAAAUUGUUAGGGUAUAUGUCAAUGGUAUCAAGAAAUAAUAUAUUAUAUAAUUUCAAUCAAGAUAAGCAACUAAGAGUUCUUCUUAUAAGUUUGAAAGCAGGUGGAGAAGGUUUAAAUUUGCAAGUAGCAAAUCGAAUUUUUAUUGUUGAUCCUUGGUGGAAUCCAGCUGCUGAAUUACAGGCUAUUCAAAGAGCUCAUAGGAUAGGCCAAACAAAGACAGUUCAUGCCAUUCGUUUUAUUAUAGAAAAUACUGUUGAAGAAAAAAUUAUUCAAUUACAAAAAAAAAAGCAGUUAGUAUUUGAUUGCACCAUAGGAGAUUCCAAUAAUGCUAUGCAGAAGUUAACAAAGGAAGAUUUAGCUUUUCUAUUUCAUGCAUAA